ACUCGCUCUUUCUGCUCUACUCUUCCUCUCUUAUGGUUAGACGAGAUGUGGCCACCGCCAUCCACCGAUGAAGACAUGAUCGCCGGAUCGGAGAUCUACGGGCGGCCGCUAUACCGACGGAGCAAGCCCGUCGGUGCGCCCACCGGAGCAUCAGCACGCCACACCUCCCCCUCCGCCGUCCCCUUCUCCUGGGAGCGGCUGCCGGGCAUCCCCAAGGCCCAGAUCGCCAUCGACGCCCGCUCGCCGGACCCCCUCCUCCCCCUCCCUCCCCCUCUCAGAUCCGCCACCGCCGGCCCCCGCAAGAAGCGACCCAUCGCGGGCCCACGCCCCGCCCCCGACCCCUUCGCCGCCGCGCUCGCCGUGUGCGCCAAGGCCCCGCGGGGCUCCACCAUCGGGGAGCUAUUAGCGGCGAGCGGGUCGGCCGCCGGUCGUCACCGGAGGGGGUCGGCAGCGUCGGCGUGGUCCAUCUCCGACCGGCUCGGGCUCCUCGGCCUCUACGCCUCGUGCAAGGCGACGUGCGCCGUCGCGGACUCAUCCGUCUACGUCCCUCGGUCCGCCUCCUAUAGGCCCUUGAGCCGGCGGUCAGCCUAACCACCACCACCCCAGGACGGUCCAAAGACGAGCAAGCAUGGAAUGUAUCAUACCAUGUUCCCAAGAAAACUAAUUGCUCUCGUAUUGUAUUCAUCAAUAAAUAUUGUUCUCAUCAUCCCCGUCACUCUUUUUUUUUGUUUUGACGAAUCUAAUGCAGUUUUUUUCC